AUGGCAAGCCCCGGUGAAGCCAGCGGGCAGGGAGAAGGCCUGCCCCUGCUUCAGGCCGUGGCGCGCCGCGACCUGCCAGCCCUGGUGCAGCUGCUGCGUGCCCCAGCCCCCGCACCGGGGCACGAGGGCAUGACUGCUCUGCACGUGGCAGUGCUCGUGGACUGUGCCGAGGCAGUGCCGCUGCUGCUGGCGGCGGGCGCCGACGUGGAAGCCCCGCUGCAACUUGGAUGGCAGACCGAGGAGGCGUGGGCGCCGCGGCUUGGGCUAGCUGCGAGCUGCAGCCCCCUCUUCGGCUUUCACGCAUCCAUGGUGUACCUGAAUCACACGCCGCUGUGCCUGGCUGUGCUCCAGGGCAGCCUGCGCACGGCGCAGCGCCUGCUGGCGGCAGGGGCCCAGCUGCAAGCCCGCAGCGGCUUCAGCAACCACGGAAACGGCACAUUCCAAAUGCUUUGCGAGCUGCAGCAGCAGCCCCAGGUGCUGCGGGCGAUGGCAGCGCUGCUGCUGAGCAGGGGCCUGCCCGGCGAGGCCCUUCUGCGCCCCGCCCACCGCUAUGCCAUCAAGCUGGCCUAUCCCGCAGCCGGCAGCGCCACGCCUCCGCAGCCCUGGAUGCUGCGGCGCCUGCUGGAACUGCACACGGAGCAGGGAGCUGCGGGGGCGGAAGCGCAGGUGGCAGGCGCGACGGGCGCGCUGGAUGCGGCCUUUGCAAACCUGGACAUGGCGGCGUUCGAGGCAUGGCUGGGGGUGCCAGCGCUGCGGGGCAACGGCCUUCUGCAGCAGCUUGUGGCGGCCAGCGACUGCCUGCUGUUCUGGGUUGAGGGUGAGUCAACCGAGUGCGCGGAGUCGGCGGCGCUGCUGCUGCUGGGCAGGGCGGCCACGCGGCAGGCGCUGCGCGGAGCGGGGGCGUUCGUGCACGAUGUCCUGCUGGCGGCAGCGGCGUGCGCUGGGAGGGCCAGGGUGCUGGAGCGGCUGUUGGAGGCGGGGGCGGUCAUCAGUGCCGGCACAUUCAGCCGUGCCAGCCCUGCAAGCCCUGGCUUUGCAGCCAUGUUUGCAGGUCCCUCUGAAGAAACUGAAGGCAUGGGGGGAGGCAACUGGGACCACGUCUUCCCUUUCUUCAGAGGGAAUGCCCAGGGGAUGCCGCACCCGCACCUGGGCACCAGGCUGCUGGCGGUGGCGCAGGCGGGUGCCUGGAGCAAGGCGCUGCACCCCCACUUUCCACCCGACUUCAAGGCCGCCGUCCGCACGCUGCUGCUGGCAGCCCACUGCGGCGGGCGCGCGGUGGCAGCUGCUGUCGCGGCAGGAGGUGGCGGCCGGCGCAUGGGCACACGCAGGCGGGCACGCCUGGCAUCCUCUGCGGCCACCACUGGGGCCGCCUACCUGGGCAGGCUGGAGCCAGAGGUGGAACUGAAGAUUGCGGCGCAGGCCGCCUUCCCGCUGUCAGCCUGGGACUGGCGCCGCUGCGAGGAACGGGAGGGGCCCUGCGGUCAGCAUGGAAGGACUGUGGCUGGAUGA